UUCCGCCGUUCCGAAGUUGCUGGGAGGCUUCGCGCGAUGUCCGGAGACAGCAGCGGCCGCCGGCCCGAGGGCCGGGGCCGGGGCCGCGAUCCGCACCGGGAUCGCACCCGCUCCCGCUCCCGCUCGCGGUCCCCGCUGUCGCCCGGGUCCCGCCGCGGCGCCGCGCCCGAGCGCAGGGAGGCCCCGGAGCGCCCGGGCUUGGAGGAUACCGAGCCGUCGGAUUCCGGGGACGAGAUGAUAGACCCGGCGAGCUUGGAGGAGGAGACCGACCCCAGCCUCUGCCGCCAGAUCCGCCAUCAGUACCGGGCGCUCAUCAACUCGGUCCAACAAAACCGGGAGGAUAUAUUGAAUGCCAGCGACAAGUUAACAGAGGUCCUUGAAGAGGCCAACAAUCUCUUUAAUGGAGUGUCCCGAGCAAGAGAAGCAGUCCUAGAUGCCCACUUUCUUGUUCUGGCUUCAGAUUUGGGCAAAGAAAAGGCAAAGCAGCUGCGUUCUGAUCUGAACUCGUUUGAUAUGUUAAGAUAUGUAGAAACUCUACUGACUCAUAUGGGUGUAAAUCCGCUAGAAGCUGAAGAACUCAUCCGUGAUGAAGAUAGUUCUGAUUUUGAAUUCAUAGUCUAUGACUCCUGGAAAAUAUCAGGCAAAACAGCAGAAAACACCUUUAAUAAAACCCAUACAUUCCACUUUCUGUUGGGUUCAAUACAAGGAGAGUGCCCUGUGCCAAAGCCACGAAUUGAACGUCCAAGAAAAGCUCGUAUGAUACAAGAGCAGCAGGCAAUGCCUGCCCAGUUAAAAAGAAUGGAAGAGUCUCAUCAAGAAGCAACAGAAAAAGAAGUAGAAAGAAUCUUGGGAUUGUUGCAGACAUACUUUCAAGAAGAUCCUGAUACUCCCAUGUCCUUCUUUGACUUUGUGGUUGACCCACAUUCUUUCCCCCGGACAGUGGAAAACAUCUUUCAUGUUUCUUUUAUUAUAAGGGAUGGUUUUGCAAGAAUAAGACUUGACCAAGACCGACUGCCAAUAAUAGAGCCUGUUAAUAUUAACGAAGAGAGUGGAGGAAUUGACCAGAAUACUCAGAUCAGGAACCAAGGAGUCAUAGCUCUGAGUUACCGAGACUGGGAGGAGAUUGUGAGGACCUUUGAGAUCUCAGAGCCUGUGAUUUCUUCAAGUCAGAGCCGGCAGAGGCUAAGUGCUUGACACCAGCUGAAGGGCCCCAUUCUUAAAAUUGUGUGUAACUGGUGAGAAGGGCAGAACCUGACCUAAUGGUUGCAAGUUCCCACCUUUGGAUUGAUUACUUUGGUGUUCUUAAGAUGUGCAGUUGAAAGAGACAGAGCAGAGGUUGUUCUUGGUUUGGCAUUCUCCCCUCCCCUGCAACAAAUGGAUAAAUGAGAUAAUGGAUCAUUGAAUCCUCCCAUCAGUUUUGCUCACUGUCCCAUUAGGUUUGCUUACUUUAUGCAGACAAAGUAGAAAAGGAAAAUUAAGAUAGAACUACCUUGGAAUGAUGUUGGUAAUGGGCAUUUCUGAAACCUAAGUUUUGCUUACGAAAUAAUUCUCCAUUUUUACAAAGGAGAUGGGGAAGGGAAUCUGAGAAAUGACCUGGUAUUCUGUACUGCACACAGCUGUGGGUGGGGAUCAGGAGAUGGGAUCCUGUUGGCCCUGCCCUUUUAAAAUGUCAGGCAAGUCAGUCCUCCUCUGCUUUGUUUUCCUUCUCUAUAAAUCUGUAAAAUGGGAUUCUGAGUUAGAUAGUUAAAAUUAGCUUUUCAGUACUUAGUGUAAACUCUUAAUAUAUGCUUCAAUUAUUUGAGCUGCUUUUGUUCCAAGGUAACUGAAGGGAAGAGGAGAACUGACUUAAGAUCUAUACUGUGGGUUUACCUGGGCCCUCACUGAGGAGGGGCUGGUUGGUAGAUUUCCUUUAUGCAUCUUAAAUGAACUUCUGAUUUACCAUUUAUAAACUGUUAACCAGCUCUUUCCCUCCUUUGUUUUUUAGGACUCACGUGGAUUCUCCCAUCUAAAAAGGAAAGCAGCAUGUAUUGUACAUAUUGUAUGAUCAAACAUUUUUAAAGAGAUUGUUUUUAAUAAAAUGUAGAUUUUGAUAGUUAAUGAAUUUGUCAUGUUUGUCUUUGAUUAAAGGAAAUUCAUUGCCAUAUGC